AUGUCAAAUAUAACAGUAUGUGUGCGAUUCAGACCUCUAAGUCCAAAAGAAAAGGAAGCUGACGGCGGAGCAAUAUGUGUUCAGGGAUUGGAUUCUGAGUCUUUCUUUUUUAAGGUUCAUCUUCCUCCCUAUAUCUGUAAUUUCAUGAUUGAAAUUUUUUCAUGCCAACCGGAUGUCUGGUAGGCUGAGAAGGAAGAAGAGCUCGCAUUUUGCUUCGAUAAGGUGUUCUAUCAGGACGCAGAACAAGCAGAUGUGUUCCGAUAUCUCGCCAUGCCUGUCGUCCAAGGUGGAGACCUACAGUUAUCACAUUUACGACCAAUUACACGUCAUACCUCCAUUUUCUUAGUGUCGGGACUGCCCUAACAUCAUCAGUGGCAUCAACUUUCAGACGCAAAAUUCAUUAUUUCCUUUGUGAUAAUGAGUUAAUGUUGGCGAUUUUAUCCAUGUCAUUCUUCGGAACAUCUUUUUAACAGACACCCUGAACGGAAUAAAUGGCACGAUCGUUACUUAUGGCCAGGUGAGUCACGUUAAGAUGUAAUUUGUCUAUGUUGGCACGUCUUCUGCCUGAUUAUCUUCUUAACUUUUCCUUUUUGCCAACUACUGUGUUUGCUUAAUCUGUGUACUUGUUAUUUAUUCACAUAAUCACGUUUCUUCAGCACAUAAAGAUGGAUACUACGUCAGGGAUUUCAUAUGAUUCCGUGAUUUCGAAUUUUGCACUUCGUGUGUUUACGUUGUUUAUAUUUGACCUAAAAUUGCUUGGAAAAAUUUUAGGCAUCUUACAAGGACAAAUGCAUCAGAAAUCAACAUGCCUUCCAGUCAGACUUUUGUUUAUUAAGCUGUGGUUAUUAUUGGAAGAAUCCUUAUCUUAUUAUCGCUUGUUUGUUUGUGAGGAUAUAACCAUAUUAGCAGUGGAUGUUACACAAACAGUAUUUUCUUUUUCUAACGAUGAAAGGUUAUGGACAUGAUUGCUGAUAGCAUUGUACAUUAAUAGGAGUACAUUAAAAUAUUCGUACAAUAAAUAUGAAUAUACAAUGCUGUAGAGAAGAAUGGUGAACAGGAUCUGUGUAUUAAAAUGAAAAUGAAGGCUUACUAUUAGCUCUGGUUCCUCAUGGCUUUGCUAAUGGAUUACAAUAUAAAUACUCGCUAAGAUUAAGUAAGAAUAAGAAUUUUUGAAUUGGGCUUCUGAAGCAUAUGCUCAUCUGGAUGGUAGAAAGUAUGCCUUUUAAAGGGUUAACUCUGUUUCAUUGUUUACUUCGUCCCUAAAGAUAUCCAUAUACACAAUCAACAAAACAUUCUGAUUAGAUUUUUUCAAUGACGUAUUUUACCUUUGAAUCACACGCUGCGAACAGACUGGAGCAGGGAAAACGUACAGCAUGGAGGUGAAACUAUUUGGUUAUUUCUACUUCAUGCACCCAGACGACCCACUGUUAAAAUUUAUUAUAUCCUGAGAACUUGUAAUGUGCUUCUAUGUAUUUGAUUGCUAACGCGCGGCAACAUCUUACACCAAAUUAGGGCCCCAGUAUUUCAGAAAGUGAUGGACAAAAAAAAGGACUUCUUCCUCGCGUGGUUGACAACCUCUUUGAGCAUAUAAAAUGUUCUGAGGAGACUACUAAAUGUACUGUCAAGAUAUCAAUGGUACGCCCUUUGCGUUAUACCUCAGAAAGGUUACUAGUUGUCCCCACUAACUUCAAUUUCUCUUCAGGUGGAAAUUUAUAUGGAGAAAGUGAGGUACGUCUCUCAAGGAAAGGCCUUUUGUUAUUUCAAGAAAGUCAGAUGAUCACCAUACAAACAGAGCUUUAUCUGUUAACAGACACAUCAAGAUCGAAAAAUCUAAUGCUCUCACUCUUUAUGUCAGAGAUCUUUUUGAUUUAUCAAAAGACAAUCUGCAAAUCAAGGAAAAUCGAACACAAGGUAUUUUCCUUUCUGGCGUAACAGAGGUGAGCAAACUCUCAGUCAGCGCACUCUUUUCAUCGCUUGCAUGGUUCAGUGCAAAAUAAUGUGUGCCCCGUGCUGUCAGACAUUCAUUACCUGCAGCUUUGGUGCUUUUCAGGUCACCAUAUUGGAUCCUGAAGAAGCAUUGAGAUGCCUUUCGGUAGAAAUAUUUCAUCAUCCAACUGUUCUCUUCUAAGCUAUAAUCACUGUCUAAUAUCUAUUAUGCUUUGCAGCGUGGAAUUUCUAAUAGAGCAGUUGGGGAGACGCGUAUCCAUUACUUGGAUCAUGUUGCCUGACAUUAUUAAAUGCAAUAAUUAUGACUUGUGAACUUGUAUUCACCAUCAUGUAUUGGUUUUGGACCUUAACAUUAACAGAAAUGAACAUGACGAGUAGCAGGAGUCAUUGUGUAUACACCUUUUUGGUUCAGCAGGAAUCUUUGAAGGAUGAUUGGUAUUGUCAUCUUUUCUUCAUGUUUCUCACAACAUGAUAUCAAAUAGAAACAUAUAGGCCAUUGGAGGCACGGCAUUACCUAGAUACCUCUAUCCUAAUCUCUCUCUCUCCCUCGCUAUAUAUAUAUAUAUCUUUAUGUGCGCGUGGAAUCUUGCAGCCAACUAUUUUUUACGAAUUUAAAUUUGCCAUAUUCCUUGUCUAUGCAGAAGAAAGAAUUACUUGUGGUCACCUUGGACCUUCUGAUAACUUGAACAGGUCCAGAACUGGAAAGCUUGUUCUGGUGGACUUGGCUGGUUCCGAGAAAGUUGAGAAAUCUGGCGCUGAAGGGAGGAACCUCGACGAAGCGAAGACCAUCAAUAAGUCCCUCUCCGCCCUUGGGAACGUAAUCAAUGCGCUCACGACGGGUGAACACAAACUCCUUGCUCAGUUCAACCUUUUUCUCCACUUAACAUACUACACGGAAUCCAAUGAUUUUAAACCAAUCAACAGGUAAAGUAAACCACAUUCCCUAUCGCGAUUCAAAGCUCACCCGUAUUCUGCAAGAUGCAUUGGUCGGUCCUAACCCCCAUCCCUCCUUCCUUCCCCAUGAACAUCUUUUCUACUCAUAUUUUUGUCCUUUCAGGGUGGGAAUUCUCGCACGGCACUACUGUGCUGCUGCUCCCCCAGUUCAUCGAAUGCGUCAGAGAGCUUGUCCACGAUUCGCUUUGGAACAAGGUAUACAUCCUACGAUUUAAUGGAGCUAAUCCGAUGAUGAGGACGACUCGUCACUGACGUCUGUUUAUAUCUCUCCAGGACUAAGCGGAUAAAGGCCCCAUUGAGGGCUCCUGCUCUGCCCACACAGGCGACCCCCUUUCAGCACCGCAGAAGCGCAUACGACGGAAUUUUAGAGAAGGUGGGAAAAGAACAGUAGAUCGCAAUGGUUCGCUUGACCCGACCCUUUUUGGGUUAUCCUGUUUAUUGGAUCACCUUUUCUCGCAGUUGAGGAAGUCCCUGAAUCCAGAGGACGUGAUGCUGUUGGAGGAGCUAUUUAUACGGGAGGGAAUCCUGUUCGACCCUCAGUCAACCGAGGACUUGGAGUCAGCCUUGGAGGACAUGAUCAGCCUAUCCGUUUCCUCGAUGCAGGAAACCAUCGAGGAGCUCAAUGAGGCGCUUGAAAAGGUGACGUGUCCUUCUCUUGCACGUAACGAGAGUUCAGGCACCUCGUCGACUUUUCUCUGAUUGCUGUCCAUGAUCACAGCUCUCUGUGAAGUAUGACGCUCUCGCGGCCGAGCUGGAAGCUGCAAAGCGGUCACCAACGGUACACGUAGUGUCCGCAGGGGAGUAUCCUAAUUUCAUAGGUAAGAUCUUUGGUGUUUUCAAUAGAUUCUAG